AUGAAGUUUGGGAAGUAUCUUGCGUCGAGACAAUUGGAAUUACCAGAAUAUUCAGGUCAUUUCAUUGAUUACAAAUCUCUUAAGAAAUUGAUCAAACAGUUGGCUAUUCCUAGCAACCCCAAUGGUGAAAUUACAAGCUUAGAAAUCCAACAAGCUCUCAAAGAAAACAAAGCGUCUUUCUUUUUUAGAGUUGAAAGGGAACUAGACAAAGUGAACUCCUUUUAUUUGGAGAAGCAAGCAAAUUUGUCUGUUAACUUAAAUUUAUUAUUGAUGAAGAAAUAUGAAUUGUUUAAUAAAUCGAAUGAAUAUUUGAACAAAAAAGGGGAUAGUGAUAAUUUAGCAAAUGCAAAUUUUAAGAAUUCCAUCAGUUUUUUGAAUUUAUAUCAGAAUUUCAAAAAAAUUCAUCAGGAUUUAUUAAGAUUACAACAAUUUAUCGAAUUGAAUGAAACAGGGUUUUCCAAAGUGGUUAAGAAAUGGGAUAAAAGAUCUAAAUCUCACACAAAGGAAUUGUUUAUUAGCACAGCAGUGAGCGUUCAACCUGUUUUCCAUAAGAAUGAGAUCAACGAAUUGAGUGAUUUAGUUACCCAGUCAUUGUUUGAUAUUGAAAGUGUUAUGGAUGGUGAUUAUACCUGUUUGCUUAACUUCAAUGCCAAUUCCGCAACUCUUCAUUCCAGUUCUAUAAUUAGAGAAUCACCAGCUCCUCAAUCUAAUGAUCAACCGGAAGAUAGUUUUUCCAGACAUUCAUCAAUUGUGAGUAAUCAACCAAAUAAUAAUGAAAUUGAUGAGUUGUAUUCAAGUUUUGUAAAUGUUGCUACUAUCAAAGUCCCAGAUUUGGAAUUAUUGGCCAGAUGGGUUGAUAAAGUCAACGGAAGUCAUAAGAUUCCUGAUCAAUUAUUUACACCGGUUGUUAAAUACAAAGUUUCAAAGAUUUUUUUAUUAUCAAUUGCCAAUCUUAAAAUUUCUGAUUCAUUUCUUGAAUCAUUUUUACAGACAGUUAACUUUGAUGUUGAUUUCACCUUUGUGAAUGACGACUUUAAUAACAACAAGACAAUUUUACAUGAAUGUUGUUCAAUUCCACCUGCUUCAUCUCAACAAGAGCACGUUGUAAUUAAUAAUGGGGUUAAAGUAGUCAAUUCUAGCGAUUCAAUUAAUCAUUCACGAACUUUCAUUGUCAAGUACAUUAUGGAGAAAUUAUCUAAUGAAGAAAGAUCAAAUUUACUAAUCUGUAACGAUUUUAAUGGGAGAACAUGUUUACAUUAUGCUGCCCAAAUGAACCGUGCUGAUUUAUUGGACUUGUUAUUAGUAAGUUUUCCUACCGAUCAUAUAGACAAGUUGGAUAAAGACUCCAUGUCGCCAUUGUUAUUGGCUAUUAAACAUGGACAUUUCAAUAUUAUUAAAAAACUUGUCCAGUUUGGGUCUAAUCCGUUCCCUGAAACAAGUAAAGAAACAUUACAAUAUUUGCCAAUUAAUUAUGCAUGUAAAUUUGGUGAUUAUAAAACUUUGGAGUACUUUUUAUCCAAUGAAAAGUCUAAGGAUUUAAUAAAAAAAUUAAUUAAUCGACAAGAUGUUGAAGGGUUGUUACCAUUACAUGUGGCAUCAAGACAGGGGCAUUACAAGUUGAUCAGAUUGUUAAUUCAAUAUGGAGCUGAGGUCAAUAAAUUGGACAAAUUUAAUAAGUGGACUCCUAUUUUCUAUGCUGCUGCUGAAGGACAUGUCAAGACCACUCAGGAGUUAGUUAAAUUUGGCGCGAAAUUGAACAUAGUCGAUGAAGAUGGAUAUAAUGUCUUAUACUAUUGUGUUGUCGAGGGACAUAUUGGUGUGAUUAAUGAAUUGUUAAGCUAUCACAAGAAUGAGUUCAAACCAACCAAGAUGAUCACUGAUUCUACCAAUUCUAAUUCCAUGUCUAUUUUGGGAGAAGUCAAUGAUUUAGACUCAGGUGAAGAAGAAGAUGGAGAAGGGCUGUUGGAUUUGGAGAAAACAACGAACAACACUAACAAUGUUGAUAGUAUACCAGAUUUGCAAUUGCCACCACCAAUUUUACCAUUAAGAAGAUAUGGUCAUAAUUUCUUGGAGCAAAAAGUAUUGAUUGAAUUAAUAUUUCCAUCUGAUCUAGAAUUUAUCAAUUUGUUUAAUUCAACUGCUGAUUUGAAACCAGGAAGAAUCACACUUACAUCAAAUAUAUCUGAUAUUGUACCAAGAAAUAUACUCUUACCAAUUGGUGACAAUAAUAGUUCCAACAAUUCAAGUAAUUGUGUUUUCCAAACAGACAUUGAUUCAUUGCAUGAUUUUAGAAUUGAUUUUGAAAUAUUUCCUAAAUUCGGUACCAGAUUAAUUGCCAAAACCACUGCAUUGUCAUUUGAACAUUUGAAUAGUACUUCACCAGAGGUUAGUUCUGUGCUGUUACCUUUAUUUGAUUUAAGAUUAAGAAAUAUUGGUGAAUUGAAGUUUAAUUAUCAAGUGAUAUUCCCAUAUUCUGGUACAUUACUCGAAACAUCUAAAUUUGAUACCUAUUGGAAGAGUUCUACUAGUUUUGUUAAAAACAAGCAAACAUUAAAAUUGAACGCCGCAGGCGGAUUAUCACCUAAUAAUUUCUUAUCCCCAGCAAGUGGGAAUAAUAUAUUAGGAAAUCCAUCCAAUAACAAUAGUCAAGGUAAUAUUUCAGCAGCAGGUGGUAAUGCAGCAGGUAACGUACCGCCUGAGGCCACCAAACCUUCAUCUUCUAUUGUUACUGCUACAUCAUUAUCUGGUGAAUAUUUACGAAUCAAAGUGUGUUUAUUAAGUGAUGGUACACCGAUUGUGUGUCCAAGUUGGUCUAUUUCAAUUACUGAUAAUAUUGAUUUAUAUUUACCAAACUUAACAUUGAAUCAAUUAAACUCAAUUACCAAUGAUUUAUUUGACUAUAAUAAAGUUAUUCAAGAUUUAUCUAAAUUAACCAAUAAAGAUAUUGAGUUGAUUAAGAAAAUGUUGCAAAUAAUUUAUCUCCCAUUGGAAUUAAUAUUGGAAGUAUUAAAUGUUGAGAUUAAUUUAAAUUUAGAAAUUGUAUUUCCAUCACUUUAUGAAUUGAAUAAUUUACCAUUUAUUAAUAAUAUCCAAGAUAAUUUGAAUUUAUUUAUUGAUAAUACAUUGAGCAAAGUUUUCAAUCAUAUUAGAUCAAAUAAAAUUAAAAUUCAUCGAUCUAUUAUAUUCCUUUCAUCAAAUUCAUUAAUUUGUAAAAUUUUAAAUUGGAAACAACCAAACUUUCCGGUAUUUUUAAUUAUGAGUGGGAUUAAAUAUAAUAAUAAAUUGAAUAAAUUUGAAAAAAGAUCAACUAAUGGAUUACUUAUUGAAUCAUCAAAUAAUUAUUAUUCAAGAGAUGUUGAUUUAAUUAAUAGAUCAAUUAAAGAAGCGGUUAAUUUUACAAUAAAUAAUAAUUUAAUUGGAUUAAUUACUUCAAUUCAUUUAUUAGAUUUAGUACCCAAAUUAAUUCCAUUAAUUAGAUCUCGAGGUUUGGUAUUAGUUGCUUCAAGUGAUGUCAUUACAGAUGAACAUGAUGCUAUUGAAGAAGAUGAAAUUAUAAAGAAAGAAUUGGAUUGUUAUACCAAAACAGAAAUCAAUGGAUUAAGAUUUGAUGAUGUAUUAAGUUUUAAAGAAGACAUUAGUAUGUAA